AGAAAUUAAUUCAGCGUAGGAGGGAAGUGACAUUUGCCCCAAACCUUUGUGUUUGAUGUGUGUUUUAGAGUUGCUGUGGCACAUGACAUUGCGAAUUAUUUUUCAAAAUUAUGUAUGUAUGUUUUUUAACGAAGGAUAAGGUAAUAGUGCGCAGUGCCACAUACAUUUAGUAACUAUUUGAGUUUAAAUUCAUUUAUGUGGAUUUUAUAGAACAGAGAGGAAAGUGAUAUUUCAAGUGACUGCCAUUACUUCUUCAUUCAACUCAAUUAGGCCACGUAAAGUUUCUGUGGGUUAUUUGGGGUAGGAGUGAUUUGGAUCAUUUGAUUUCCCAUGUCCGAGUUGUCAAGUAAUUCAGGACAUCGCACAGCCUGCACUACUGCUUUGCAGUAUAGUGGAAACGACUGUCGCUGGGGAAGAAUACCAACACAGGAGAAGAUGUCACAGUCAGGUGAUGGUCUCCAUACUCCUGGCUACCUUUCUUGGAGGAAGCUACAACUGAGCAGAGCAAAAUUGAAGGCAUCUAGUAAAACUUCUGCUCUUCUUUCUGGUUUUGCAAUGGUGGCUAUGGUUGAAGUACAGCUUAGUGAAGAGUCAAAUGUACCUCAGGAGAUGUUGAUUGCAUUUGCAAUCUGCACAACUCUACUGGUGGCAGUGCAUAUGUUGGCUCUCAUGAUCAGUACCUGCAUCUUGCCAAAUAUUGAUGCCGUUUGCAAUCUCCAUUCCAUCAGCCUUGUACACGAAUCUCCACAUGAACGGCUGCAUUGGUAUAUUGAGACUGCUUGGGCAUUUUCAACACUGCUGGGAUUGCUUCUUUUCUUAUGUGAAAUAGCAAUUCUGUGUUGGGUAAAAUUUUAUGACUUCUCAACCUACGCAGCAUGGUCUGCAUGCAUUGUUCUGAUCCCUGUCCUCAUCAUCUUCUUAGCAUUUGCCGUGCAUUUUUAUCGUUCACUGGUCGCACACAAAUAUGAAGUGACAGUUUCAGGUAUACGUGAAUUGGAGCUGCUUAAAGAACAGAUAGAGGCAGGAGAUGCAGAGGGGCGAGCUAAUGGCAUGGGACUCUUCUCAAACACCCAAAUUGUGUAGCUGUUUGUGUGUUAUAAAGUUUCAAAAGUCAUGUGGAAGGAUAUCCCAGUAGACUUCUAAUCAAUGGACUUGUGUUUCAGCUGGUUGCAUAAAAGACUUCAAAUAAAUGUUAUGAAGGAAUGCAACCUGAGUGUUAAUAUGCGGCAGCAAGGUUUGUUCUGGGAAGAUCUUAUUUCCCAAAACUGGUUAACAAAUACUGUGAGAACCAUAUUGCAUGAUACAAUACACCAAGACUGAUUCGUACAGCUCAGACAUUUUAUAUUAAAUGUUCUACAGAGUUACUUAUUUUCUGGUAGAUUAUGGUUGCUUAAUAUGCUUUAUAUAAGACUGUAUACACUGAGAUAUGGUUCCUAUGUUUCACCUUCGGUUUUUACCUUGUUAAUAAUAUAUUCAACAGACCAACUGAAAAGUGGAAGGUGUAAGUUAUCCAUGACAGAAAAAAAUUGGUUCAUAUAUAAGUUAGAUUCAGUGAACAUAUAAUUAGUGUCUCAAAUUUUUAAUUAAAGAAAGUAUCAAAAAGGUGUUUUAAAAUUGAGACCACGUGUCAACAUGGAAUUCUCAGUUGUCCUGGGGGAAAAAUACGUUGUUAUGUCAGCUUGCUGACAGAUGAGAUUGAUGUAACAUAAGUUUUCCAUGUCUAUAGUGCAUAUUACCAGUAGUUUGUGAUAGAUUUUGUAUACUGGUACCUGAAAGUGUUGAAUGCGGAAUUUGAUUAUGAUGAGAUUAUUGGGGCUAUCCAGAAUCAACCUAAUAUUAUGUUGUAACAUGGAGGACAAACAGUACAAUAUCGAUCAAUGAUAAGUAAGAACUGUUAGGUGCUGUAAUUUCAUCCUUUUUUUUCUUGUGGUCAACUAAAACUGGCAGAAGGAUAAAAUCUGAUUGGGUAAACCACAUCAUCAUCAAAGAAACACAAGAAGGUUACAUCAUGUACAAAGGAAAUGUCUUUUAGGUAUAUGAAGUAAAAGGUACAUUAAACAGGAUUGUGAAAGUAUACAGUGCAUACUUAACAGGCACAAAUGGCAGAGAGAAUUACAAAUUACAUGCUAACGUGCAUGCUCUUCAAAUUACGUGAUACAAUUACAGUGAGAAACAAAGACUGGAUAAACUUAUCAGUACUCAGGCUUCACUGUUGUUUUACACACUAAAAGAAAAUUAAGUGUAAUCUACAUAAAUAGUUUAAUGUGGGCUCAUAUGAACACAGUAAUGAACCUUCAGGUCCCAUGAAAGGUGGGAAAUAUCUUGGCUAGCUUCUCAAUUAGGACUCUGCUCAGUGAAGUUAGUUAACUUGUUUAGUGUAUGCUUUAAAAGAGCACUUGAUGAACAGAACAAAACAUCUGAUUUCAAUGCAGUCUGAUCUGUCAAGACUGGUUUUUUUCAUUAGUCUUUUGCUGAAACAAUUGAAGGAUUUAUUUCUGUGUAUAAUGACUGUGAUAAGGGUAUGCAUUUAUGAUCCUAUGUGAAGUGGUAGUUAAAGAUGUUCAAUCUAAAUAGGAAUUGUAAUGGCUGAACAAUUUCUCAUAAAAUUUAAUAAAAAUUGCUGUCUCUUCUCUGAAGUUGUUUCAUGCUUAUGGAUGGACUAAUUGGUUUUAACAAUGACAUUACAUUUAAGCAUGACUGAUGAAAGUAUAUUCCAUUUAAAUCAGUGUUAUUUGUUCUUGUCAUGUGGACUUCAUCACCUAAAUUAUAGAUCUUCUAUAGUUAUUCAAGAAAUUUACUGUUUUUUAUAUAACCUAGAGGUUUCUCAAGAUAUUCUUAAAAGUCUGCCACUGGCCCUAUCAUAUAAAUAUAUCAUGUUUCUUGCCAAGGUCCUUAAUUUUGUUACAGAAAGAUUUGAUGGUGUGUAUGCCUUCUUUUUAGUCCUAUAAAUGUCCACAUAUUUAUUGACAGGCCACAGGAAAUGGCAGUCCAUUUUGAAAUGUAAUAGAUAAGGAAGACAGGAAAUAUGCCUAGGUUGUCUUUAUGAAUACUAGCUCAAAGACUUAGGAAAGGUCAUUCCAAAACCCUGUUUUGAAUGCUGAGAGGGGCAUGAACUGGGCUUCCAGAGUGCACCUGUAUGAUGUAGUUCACCCAGUCAUAUGAUUUGUGUUGUCACACCAACAAUACUAUUUUGUCUGACCACAGUAACUGUGUUAUCCUAUCUUGUGCGUUCAGGAUUUGGUUGUUCAAUUUCAUAGUUGUUCUUUCCAGUGUCUUCUGGGAUAUGUCAUGUUUUAUCUUUAUCUGUGUGUAUUGUUUUCAUUCUUUUGAGGUACUGCUACUGAGUCCUUUAAUAAUCUUGUAAUCCUACUCUAUCAUUGUGCCUUUUGGAUAAUUUCAGCUUCAAGCCAUAAACUUAGAAAACUGUGUUACUCUGCUGUGAAACUGUGCAGCCAACAUGAUAUGUAUAAAGAGAUUAUAGGGCAAAUCAAUUUUAAAGGAUUAUGUGAUGGUGUACUACAAUCUGGAUUACUGAGUUUCUGGACCUUGUCAAUUGUCUAGUAUUCUAAAAACACUUUUUAAUAACAGCUUCAUCCCCAGGUGUAAGGAAGGUGGGAAUCUACUUUGUAUGGCUUGUUGGAAAAUGCUAACAGCAAGCAAUGGACAACGUACCAACAUCGGAACUACAUGUGUGUCAUGAUACGACUCAGAUGAGUACUAUGACAUCAUUUUGCGGCUGUAUUUUUGGGCCAUAGAGGUGCUGGUGUUAGAUAUGGUGGAUUAGGUAGUAUUUAGAAUUUCUUCUGCAUUAGGGUUCUGGAGGAAAAACACAUCCAGUUCAAAAUGUGUUUUUAAAAUGUCAGACGAUGGACAGAGUCCAAAAAUUAAGAAUCAAGAUUACAGGACAAAGUUUAUUAUAACACAGCUACAUUAAAAUUCCUUCUUACCCUUGCCGAAUGACAUGUAUAUAUAAUGUAGUAAUGUAAAGGAAAUGUAAUGUUCUUCCAUUUGUAUGUAAAAAUCUAAAUUAAAACAGUUAAGUGCCUGUUAAAACAA